GUCCUCCUGAGGCAGUGGCGACUGGAGAGUAAUGGCUUCGGUGGGCAGCAGCCUCGGCGGGGGAGAGGCCGAGCGACCGCACCCCAGGCCCUUCCUGAUCGGGGUGAGCGGAGGCACCGCCAGCGGCAAGUUGCAUGAGGCAACAUUUCUGACGUCAGUGAUUUACCAUGAUAAAAGUGAGCACACGCCAAACCUGGAGUCCACAGUAUGUGAGAAAAUUAUGGAGCUCCUGGGACAAAAUGAGGUGGAUCAUCACCAACGAAAGCUUGUCAUUCUGAGCCAGGACAGGUUCUACAAGGUCCUCACUGCAGACCAGAAAGCCAAGGCAUUGAAGGGACAGUACAACUUUGAUCACCCAGGUGCUUUUGAUAAUGAUUUGAUGCACACAACCCUGAAAAAUAUUGUGGAGGGAAAAACUGUAGAGGUGCCGACCUAUGAUUUUGUAACCCAUUCCAGGUUACCAGAGACAACGGUGGUCUAUCCUGCAGACGUGGUGCUCUUUGAGGGGAUCCUGGUAUUCUAUAACCAAGAUAUUCGGGACAUGUUCCACCUCCGACUCUUCGUUGACACAGACUCUGAUGUCCGGCUGUCCCGCAGAGUUCUUCGAGAUACGAAGCGCGGGAGGGACCUAGAGCAGAUCCUGACUCAGUACACAACCUUCGUCAAACCUGCCUUUGAGGAGUUCUGCUUGCCGACAAAGAAGUAUGCUGAUGUGAUUAUUCCUCGUGGAGUCGACAAUAUGGUUGCUAUAAACCUCAUUGUGCAGCACAUCCAGGACAUUUUGAAUGGCGACAUCUGCAAGUGGCAGAGAGGGGCGAUGAAUGGGCAUGGUCGGACUUACAAGCGAGUGUUCCCUGAGCAAGCAGAGGGCAGCACCAUGCUGGCAGCUGGCAAACGAUCUCAUCUGGAGUCGAGCAGCCGUCCCCACUAACCAGGUGGGGGGGCUGAAGAAGUUGCCUCUGUUCCAGACCAACCUUUUUAACAAACUGGUUUGUGAUGUGCCCGUAGCAGUUUAGGGGCAGAUUCAAGAGGGGUGGGUGUCUCUCUUCACACAGAGGAGAGGAAGGAGCUGGGUUAUUGACCCAGGACCUGGUGUUAGAUGGCACUGUUUGCUGAAAUCCCCCUAGGAAUUAACUCUAGUGGGGCACAAGAUUAACGAUCUCCCCUCAUGGUGCUUUUCCUUAGCAGCAUGCUUGGCUGCCAGGAAAAAAACAGCUCUUUGUUCCAUGUGAGACGCAGCAAAGAGCCUUGUUUUUAAACAAGCAGGUAAACUGCCCUGAGAUUUCCCUUCUCCACAGAUCCAGCAUUGCCAUGGACAGAAGGGCCACAGUUCACCCUUCUGUGUGGGGAAAAGGAAUGACCUCUGCCAAUAAUGAGAAGUCUAUUUUACUCAGGGCGGAGGAAAAUUAGGCUUCUCUUGGGCAACAGGCAAUUUACAAAGGAGCAGUGGGGCUCCACCUUCCAGGUGAGGUGUUUUGUCACGAACUACACUCGCUGUAGCACAGACUUUAGUGUUUGUGCCCAAAGCACAACUAGGUGGAGUGCCUCAUCACAGGAAGGCUGUACCCAAUUAGUACUGAAGUGUUCUCCCAGGUCAGAGUCUGCUGGGCCAAAUUCAUUUGCAGACAUGGUUUAUAGCUCUCAUUCCUUCCCCAAAGCCACGGUAAAGCUCAGGCAUUCAGCUCAGAGUGCUGUGGCACAUCCUAUAAUGAGCAGAAGGAAGGCUGAAAACUUAAUGUGAAAUCCCAGGCUCUAGCUUAUUGCUCCUUGUCUCAUUCCAAACACCAAUUGGUACCUCUUGUCUAUCAUGUAUAUAGUCUGUAAAUGCAGGCUUAAGCCUAGCAGGAAGAAUUGGUUAUUGUUGAAGAUGAACUUUUUUCAUCUCUUAUAAAAGCAAAGCCUGGCUCGAGUGGUUGUGCUGCUUAGAUUAAUAAACCAUGAAAAAACAACA